AUGGGGAAAGGAAUUCGCGGCGUUGCUUUGUCUCGCGCAAGCCAUGGAGCUCGUGACGCGGAUCUGUUCCGUCGCUUUCUGCUGCUCAUUGUCGAUGCUCGCACCACGCUUACUCUCGGUGACAACUUCGAGUUGAGCUGGGAGAAGCUGGGGCUACGCAGUGACAAGGAGAUCGCGGUGAAGGACUUCCACAUGCUGAUGCGGGGCGGUAAGACGGCAUUCACUUUACCGCACGCCCAGCAACGCAGGUGCGGGGACUUCGCCCAGCGGGUGCAGAUGCUGAAGCUGCAGAAGCGCGAGCCAGCGAAAUGGGCAGCCUACAGCGUUAUACACAGUCUAGCAUUUCUUCAAGAGAGGCAGCCUGGCGAGCGCAGAUCGGAGACCGCGGCUCGUUGCCGCGAGAAAGGUCCCCCUGUCUUCAACGCCAAUUUUCAGUUCACGGCAGUUGCCGAACGAGAAGCGGUGUUGAACAACACGCCUUACCCCAUCAAGUACAGUAGGGCAAUCGAGAUGAAAGGCAAGACCAAGCGCGAGGUGGGCGAAGCCAUGUGCUCGGAGACAUGGGGCGUGAGCCGCUUCGCGGGUCUGGCUUGCAAAGGCAUUUCAAAGGUCCACGACUCUGUAUUUUUCGGAGAUGGAUCGGAUUGGUGCCUGUCGCUGCUCGCUGGAGCCUACUUCGGCUACACCGCGCGCCUGGAGCCCGAGGCGAUGGAGCCCCUCUGCUUGCGUGAGCGCGUGCAAUUCCGACGAGUUGCACGCGCCAUGCUGAGGAAGGGGGAGCUCGCCAAGAUGCCGUACUUCGUUGACAAGUCUGCAGCUGGUUCCUGGUUAGCCCUGCCGGAGUGCUUCUCGGACGUGCCCUGCGAAGGGCGCCAGGCCAUCUCAGUUCUCUACGGCAAGCGGCGCCUCAAGGAUCACUGA